AUGGCUUAUGAUAAAUACAAUCCUCAGAUACCGAUUGAAAAACAAGUUAGAUUUGGUAAAGGUGUUUCAGGAACUUUAACAAUCCCAGCUGCAUUUCAAUCAGAAAAUCCAUUUGAAGAAAAUUUAGUUCCUUUUACUCAUAAAGCUUCAUUAAUCUUACAUGGUCAAGCUGGUCAUAGAAAUUAUUGUUAUCAAAAAACUUUAGCUCAUAGAUUAACUCAUGAAUUGGGAAUUUUUACUUUAAGAAUUGAUUUUAGAGGUUGUGGAGAUUCAGCUGAUAAUGAAAUUGAAAUAGAAGGUAGACAUUUAAAUCAAGAUGUUGAUGAUAUUCAAGCAUCUGCUGAAUUUAUAAGUGAUGGUGAAAAAAAUGGCUUAGGAAUAAAUUUAACAUUAUCAUCAAUUAUUUCACAUUCAAGAGGUGGAGUGGCCAUGUUUUUAUGGGCUCAAAAAAUGGAUGAAUUAUUAAAAUGUGGUGAUCCAAAGGCAAUUAUUGUACCUAAUUUAAUUAAUUGUGCUGCUAGAUUUUCUAGUGAAACUGUUUUGGAAAGAUAUUAUGCAUUUACUGAUUAUGAUUUUAUGCCAAGUACAGCUUAUAGAUAUGGUAAAUAUCAAGAAGUUCAAUUAGCAACUAGAGAAAUUAUAACAUUAUCAAAACCUGAUCUUUCAAGAUUAAAUGAAUUAAGUACUGAUUGGUCAGUUUUAAGUAUUUAUGGAACUGAAGAUCAAAUUAUACCAAGAUAUGAUCCUGCGAAUUUUGCAAAUGCUUUAAAUAGAGGACACCUUACACAUACAUUAAAAUUGAUACCUGAUGCUGAUCAUGCAUUUUUUGGAACGAAAGAAAUUCACCCGGAUAAUGAUGAUGAAGAUCUUAAUCCUCAUGAAUUACCUUUAAAGGGAAAGAAAGUUAAUUAUAAUUUUUUAGUUACUGAUUAUAUUAUAGAAUGGUUGUUACCAGAAAAUGAAUUGAAUAGAUUUUUAGAAUCAAGUAAUGUAAUAGGGAGAGUUUCCAGAUGGAAACAUGUCGACGGUGUUACCAACUUUAGAGAUAUUGGUGGUUGGCGAGUAGCUAAUCCAACUUUUAAAACCCAGUCACCAACUAAUGAAAAUUUAAUCUGUUAUGUUAAACCAAAUUAUGCAUUUAGAUGUGCAAAUGUAUCUAAAUUGACUGAGAAAGGAGCUGACUCAUUGUCAAAACUUGGCAUAAAAGCCUUGUUUGACUUGAGAUCAGACGGAGAAAUCCAACAAGAUGGAUUUCCAAAAAAUUUAGAAAAAUUCGGUAUAAAAAGAAUUCAUGCACCAGUUUAUUCAAAAGAUGAUUAUUCACCACAAGCAAUUGCAAUUAGAUAUACUAAUUUAAUGACUUCUUGGUCAACUUAUGUUAAUGUUUAUGAAGAUAUGUUAGAAAUGGGAAUUGGUGCUUAUAAAACAGUAUUUGAAUAUAUUAGAGAUGAAAAUAAACCAUUUGUAUUUCAUUGUACUGCAGGUAAAGAUCGUACUGGUAUGUUGGGUAUGUUAAUUUUAUUAUUAGCCGGUGUUGACAAAAAUACAAUUGCAAAAGAAUAUGAAUUAACUACAAUUGGUUUAAAACCUGAUCAUCCAAUUUUGAAAUCAAAAUUUCAAGAAACUGUGCGUAAAUUAAGAGAAAAAUUGGGUGGUGAUUCAAGUGAUAUUGAAAAUAUUAUAAGUCAAGGUAGAGCAAAUUGGAAUAUUGAACAUGAUGGUUUUGAAAAUUUAGUUAGUUCAAGAUAUGAAGCAAUGUUGGCUACAAUUGAAUUAUUUUUAAAAAAGUAUGAUAAUAUUAUAAAUUAUUUUAAAAAUAAAUUGGGUUUUAGUCAAGAAGAUAUUUUGAAAAUUUAUGAAAACAUAAUUGUUUUAGAUCCACAAGAUUUUGGUUUUGAAGUUAGUUCUCAAAUAAAUUGGGAUCAUAGAAAUUAUAAAACUGCAAAGUUUUAA